GCUUUGAUUUACCAGCACACAUUUUCAAUGUUAAAUUUCAUACAAUUGUUCUAGAGUUCAUUAAUUGUAUUGAACAGAUGCUUUUAAAGCUCAUCCACUUAGUGACAAUGUUUAGGUUUUCACAAGCUUAAAGGUUUUACUACUCACAGAGUCACAGUGUUUCCAGCUAGAACACUCUGCCUAGUUAGUGUAUAGAACAUACCUAAAUAUAUAUUCUUGCAGUUAAGACUUGAGAAAAUACUCAUGACUGCACUAACUAAUGCUACAUUUGUUUCAAAAUAAUAGUCCACUAUUAAAAAAUUAAUAUAUCUAGAUAAUAUACUUUGUUUUUCAUUUUGUUUCUUUGCCAAUCGGUUAGAAUUGGUAAUUUGAAGAAAUUUCACCUUACUAUAUACUGGAUGGCACUAUAUCUGCCGACCUCCAAAUUUCAUUAUUUGCUCCUUUUUACCUGUACCCAGUGCACAAGGUGCAUAAGAAGGGCCAGUGGAAGGUCUUUGAUGUUGAUGAAGACGAUAUAUUUUGGACAAAAAGGAAGGACGAUGACAAAUUGGCAUGGUCACAAAAUUCUGCUCAAGUAACAUCAGACUCAGUACCGUGUUUUUCUAAUGCUAUGGUUGGACCAAGAUCAUGGAUAGGAGGAUUAUUUAACAAUAAACUGUUUGGAGGUGGCAAAUCAACUGAGAUUACUUUAAAUCCAGUUCAGGCAGCAAGACUGCAAAGACUUCAAGAACGAAUGAGCAUGCCUUUUGACGAGACUCGCAUUGACCAUCAAGCAUCUCUAUUAGCCCUGUGGAAAAUAGCUUUUCCAAAUGUUCCUCUUUCUGGGUUUAUAUCUGAGCAGUGGAAGGAAAUGGGCUGGCAAGGGUGCAAUCCGUCAACAGACUUUAGGGGUUGUGGCUUUAUUUCACUUGAGAAUUUGUUGUUCUUUGCAAGAACUUUCCCGGCUUGUUUUUUUAGGUUGUUAUUCAAAAAGGGUGGAAAGCGAGCUGCAUGGGAAUAUCCAUUCGCUGUAGCUGGCAUUAAUGUCUCAUUCAUGUUGAUACAAAUGUUGGACUUGGCCACAGGAAAACCAAAAGCUCGUCCAGCAAUAAAUUUUGUAAGAAUAUUAGGAGAAGAUGAAAAUGCAUUUGAUAUUCUAUACUGUGUAGCUUUUGCAAUGAUGGACGCACAAUGGCUUGCUAUGGAAGCUUCUUAUAUGGAGUUCAAUGAUGUUUUACGAACAACCCGGAUUCAGUUAGAAAGAGAACUGUGCCUGGAAGAUAUUAAAAGAAUUUCAGAUAUACCAGCAUAUGACCUUUUGUUUCGAUAGGUUUUAUUUUCUUUAAAGAUUGAAGAGUCCUUGGAAAGCCCACUGGUCGUGUUCUCCGGAUAACAAAAGUCCUUAUUGUGAUGAAUUCAGUGGUUUUCUAGAAAAAAUUACCACCACCAUUACUGGUAGAAAGAAAACUGGAAGUCCCCUAAUGCGCGUCGAAGCCAAAGUUUGAGCAUUGUGCGUAAAGUUAGUCUCACGUACUCUCAACUCUCAAGUGAUACCCCAAAAUUCAAGAAGUUUGGUUAGAAAAAUCUAGUUCUCCCAUCUGUAGAUUCAGUAGUUUUGUAGUUGAAUGGAAAUGGUAUGCGAGUUGAAAACAUAUGUACAGUUAUAGCUUGUAGCGUUUACAUUUUCAGAAUACAAUUUAGAAUUAGUCCUGAAGAUUUCUUCUAGAUACAAAAUGUUACUAUCAGCUUUCUGUGAAGAAUC